AUCCCAGGUUUCCAGACAAUGGCAAGGUAGAAUUUGUGUUUGGACCAAGUUCGGACAUUCUGGUGUCAGUAUCGGGGUUCAAAUCUGAUGUCACAGUUCCUGUUGAUGACAAUGAAGAAACUUUGGCUAGAUCAGACUCCUAUGAAAACUUCAACAGAGCUUUGGAGGCUGUAGAUGGCUAUGCUGGACAGAACAACAACUACAACUCUCACUACACUUCCUCUGCUGUGAGCAGUAACAAUAUUAAUAAUAAUAUCAGUAUUGACACUGUCAGCCCGACCUACUCCUCCCACGUCUACCAACAAAACCAAAGCAACGCGAACGUCAGAAGACCUGUCCAGACCCUUGAAGAACGCACACAGCUGGACGAGUUGCUAAGCGACCUGCUCAGUGAUCAGGCUUAUGUAUCUCCGACCCAUCGCUCACCACGGUCAUUCCAAUCAGCUGCCCAGUCCCAACAGUCAUCAGUCUCGCCCAGUGGUACCAGCAGUAACAUCGCACCAGCCAUGAGCAGUGCAAAAACGUACAGCACCACUAAUCGCACCUUUGCGACAUAUUCCAGCGCAGACGCACUCCGCAACCCAGACAAGUUGUUGAUUCAACAUGCAGAAGUCUCCUACAAAGUCCCAGGGCAAGGAGAGGUCAAGGACCAUUACACAAUAGCAGCAGAUCCCACAGAUCUCCUGGACACAUCCUCAGUGAGACCCACUCAGUCUCACCAUCCUAAAGGAGUGCCGACAAAUGCAUUUUCUUACACAUCUGGAAUUUCUAGUUCCCAGCAAACUAGUUCACAGAGAGCAGAAGUUGUGGAGCAUGAAAUCAUCAGAAGCCAGUCAACUCGUGGCCUCCAGUCCCCUCCCUCCCAUUCUUCCUACCGCCCUCCUGAGUAUGAACCUAAGUUUGAGUCCUCCCCAUCCUCAUACCAAUACUCCUCCCUGGAUGAAGACACCAACUCCUGGCUGGCGCAGCAGCAGCAGAAGUUGAAGAACACCAAGGAGGGUCGGGAUUCAACAGGACGCACGGAGCAGGAGAAAAAGCUUGUCAAUGAGUUGAGAUAUGCCCAGAAUAAGUACUACACUCGUCAUGAUCAGGCAGAAGAGGAAGAAAGGGUGCUCAUGGACUCCCAUGGCAGACAAACUUUACACAAUGGGCCGACUUCACCAGAAAGGGUCACAUCCUCAUACAUCAUACCACAGAGGUCACAGAGCAGCACCACUGUUGAUGGUGUCUGGCCGCAGGACCAGUUCUACAACACAUCCUACAGCACAUCCUCCUACACGGAGUCCCGCAGCUAUGGGGACAAGCGAUCCAACAAACCACCACCUUCACCGACAAUGCAGAGAUCGCAGCAGCCGACAAUCUCCGCCGCCCCCAUGCCAGUUCCGGCUCGCACCAGCAGCAAAGAUUACAUGCGCACUCGUUCCAGCAGCGGUGGUUCCAGCUGGCAACAACAGCAACCUCCUUUGCCACAGCAACGAACACUGCAGCGCCAACAGAGCGAUACUUUGUAUGACAGAAAUCGGGAUGUGGAGCACAUACAACCAAGGAGUUAUGGUUCGACACACAGCACACCACCUCAUUCGCCUCGAGCAAUUUCACCAUCAGGUGCUCACAGCACAACCACGUACACAACCUAUCGGACAAUAGACAGACAGAGGGAUGCACAGGAAGAAAUGUUGAGAGCUAAGAAGGCCCCACAACAGCAACAGGCCCCACAACAGCAACAGGCUCCACCUCCACAACAACCACCCACCCAGAUCAACCAUCAUUACAUCACGGAGGUCUUUGUCCAUAGAACUGAUCUGAACAAGGACAAGACAGACUCCUCGACCCGACUGGAUGAACUGGAGAAAAAUCUGGAAGCAGCUUCGCAAUCUAUUAAAUCUCAGCAGCAUGUUGUGAGGCAGGUGCCCCAACAGCAAGUGCCCCAACAGCAGGUCUUUGAGGAGUCCUUACAGGCGCAUUCAUCUCGGCAGUACCAGUCGUAUCAGGAAACUAAGCCGGAACCACUGAGGGUAAAGGAGAUUGAAGAGGAUCGGAUUAUGCUCCGACCCAUUGGGCCUGGCGUGCAAACUUUGGAACCAGAGACUCUGCAUACUGGCACUUUAGGAAGGCCCACAACUCCGGGCUUUCCCACAGGACCUACAACACCACCGUUUCCUGUUUCUCCAAGGACUCCCUACCAAAAUACAGGGGAUAUUUUGGGGGAAAAGGGUACAUUGUCUUGCGAACAUCCGGUAGACACACACACACACACACAAGCAUACAUGCACACACACUACGGGAACCAUAUUUCACCUAACUGUAGCACUGUACUAAAAACAAUGCAGGUCCGCUUAAAAAUCCUAAGCAGAUCUUUUCACUCAUUUAUCCCCCCCCCCCCCCCCCCCCCUUUCACCCAACCCAGCUGUCACUGUAUUUCAUUGUUUUCUCUAUUUCAGUCCCAGCAUCACCAGGCUCAGUCUGGUCACCAUGAUGGACAGGGGCAGGGCACUCUGCACAUUGACACCAGUCCCAAGAUGUAUAUCACCCCUCAGAGCCCACAGUCUGCUGGGAGCCCUCCAUCUCCUGGGAACUUCAACACACUGAGGCAACAGUUGUCAUCUGCCCACUCCAUGUCUGGCUCAGUGAUCAGUCCAGGGCCUCACUCCAUGACGGGACAGAGUUCACCGAGUGUUUACUUUGGGUUGUCUCGCAGAGGCAGCCUGUCCUCACUGACCGACACAGAAAUGGUUCACACUACACCAAAGUUUGUCAAGGAUAUGUCCAAAUAUUGGUAUAAACCAAAUAUUUCCAGGGAAGAAGCCAUACAGAUGUUGAAGGAUAAACCGCCUGGAACUUUUGUGAUCAGGGACAGCAACUCCUUCCCUGGUGCUUUUGGUCUGGCCCUGAAGGUGGCCACCCUACCUCCUAACGUUCAGGCCAAGCCAUCAGGUGAUCCGCAAGCAGAUCUGGUGAGACAUUUUCUCAUUGAGCCCACUCCUAAGGGUGUCAGAUUACGUGGCUGCAGUAACGAACCCGUGUUUGGCAGUCUAGCAGCCUUGGUGUACCAGCAUUCAAUCACUCCCUUGGCCUUACCUUGCAAGUUGGUGCUGCCAGAUGCCGAGGCUGAUGGUGUACUGGGCCCUGAAUCUCCCGUAGGUACCACAGAGUUGAAUUCUGCUGCAACCCUCCUGGCCCAGGGAGCAGCGUGCAAUGUUGUGUACAUCAACUCCGUAGACAUGGAGUCUUUGACUGGGCCCCAGGCUGUGGCUAAGGCUGUAAAGGCAACAUUUGAGAAUCUGGUAUCAGGUCGGACGACUGCGGUGCACUUCAAGGUGUCCAGUCAGGGUAUCACUCUUACAGAUAACAACAGGAAGUUGUUCUUCAGGAGGCACUACCCAGUGUCUGCUGUGACCUACUGCGGGAUGGAUCCCCAGGACAGAAGGUGGAAACGAGACCUAGAUGCUCCAGGCACUCAAGGUGAUGCCAGAAUCUUUGGCUUUGUUGCCAGAAAGCAGGGUUCAACCAAUGAAAACACGUGUCACAUAUUUGCAGAACUGGACCCAGAGCAGCCUGCAUCAGCGAUAGUCAACUUUGUAACGAAGGUUAUGAUUGGCCAGAGCAAAGUCAAGACAUAA